AUGUUUAUAGUAUCUGACAUUUUGAAUCACCCGCAACAACAGCAACCAUCACAACGCCGGAUGUCAUGCUUUUCACCUGUGAAUGGUCGUCGUCUCACAUCACCGCCACUAUCGCCAAUUGGAUACGAACGUCGAUUAAUGCAAGUACACGGCAAGCCACGUAGCCGUUUUUCGGAUGUGGAAGACACAAUCAUUUGUGAGGGUGUUGCCAAAGGUCUUACAUGGGGCCAAAUUUCUCGUCAACUUCCCCACAGAAAACGGGCCACCUGCUUCAACCGAUACCGUACUUUACAAGGCAUCCGUAAAUCACGUAAGCGCUCUACAGGCAGCAUCCUUGAACAAGAUGAGCAACAACAACAACAACAACAGCGUCCUGUGACCCCACCUACAUCACCUGAUUCGUCCCACUCGGCUUCAUCGGCUGCAUCACUCUCACCUUCGUGGUAUCCAUGCACCCCACCACCGCCCUCAUCUACCAUGUCUUCGUCAACACCUGACCAUCAGCAUCAGCAACAUCAGCUGUUGCCUUCUCCUCAUCAACUUUUGUUCACGUCACCCGAUAUGGCGGCUCCAUGUUAUCCUGAACGACGUCUAUCAUCAACCUCCUCUGUUGACAAUGGUGAUACACGCCUUCCACCACUCAUUGUCCCGAGCGCUCGUUAUGCCACUACUACCAAAACUACUGCGACCUAA